UAGGAAUUUUUAGUUUGAGUCCUAGUUACAUUUAGUUUAUUGUACUUUGUUUUCCCCCUCAUUUUAAUCAUAUUUUGUCAUCGUGAGCCUUAAUUUCCACAACCAAAAAACAAGAAAUGCGCUUAUUUUGGACGGGAAACACCACAAAUGGCUAGCGACGGCCCUGCAUAUAGCCAACAGAAUGUGUCUGCAGGUUGAUAUAUUAAUAUGCAACAUUUCCCCCACUAAUUGAGUGCCAUCUACAUAAUUGACUUUUCUAGAGCAGCUAUGACCAGGGAAUUCAGAUGAAAAAGCAACCCAUUCAGUAUGCCAUAAUUAAUUUUAUAGCAUUUAAUAAUAUUCCAAUUUGCAUUAAAAAAAAAAAGUUCAAAGAAAAAAGCCUUUGCUAAGAAUGUGUUCACCUUCCCUUCUGUUCUCUCUCUCUCUCUCUCUCUCUCUCUCUCUAGCUCUCUCUUUUCUCUUGGGUAUCUACAUAAUUAGCAAACCACUCCUCUCUCUCUCCACUUCAGGGAUUAGACAGACUCCCUUCGCUAAAAUAAUAAACAGCCUUACCAAUAUCUUCGCAUGAAACCUGUUUCGUGGAAGUCAAAUUCCCGCCCGCCAGUGGACGCAUUUUGAAGAUUCGUAGAAAAUUAUGGCAGCUAUGACAAAUGUACACACACAGUCCAGGGCAUCUAAAGUGAAGCUGCUGGUUUUGCUGCUGGCUCUGACCACCGUCAUCGUGUUUCUAAAGUCUGAUCUCACCAACUGGCUCCGGCUACAAGAUCAAAACCCGUGUGCUUGCGAGAAGUGUUUGUCUGAAGACAACCUGUUGGCUCUUCAUCGCCUGAACCAUUCCGUGGAGCCGUUCCUGACUGCAAACACCAACGUCUCUGCGGAUGCUUUCAGAUGGUGGAAGCGCUUGCAGCACGAACAAAGGGACUUCAAUUAUUAUAAAUCAACAGUGCACAAGCUGUUCAAGCUCUUCCCACCUGUUGUCGAUUAUGGAGAGCCCAGUUCUGACAGCUGCAGGACUUGUGCUGUUGUGGGAAAUUCGGCCAAUUUGAAAGGAUCACAUUAUGGAUCGCUGAUAGACUACCAAGAUGUUGUUAUGAGAAUGAACACUGCUCCCAUCAAAAACUAUGAAAGCGACGUCGGGACCAAAACGACUCAUCGCGUCAUGUAUCCAGAGAGUGCCAUGGAUUUAGAUAACUCCACUCAUCUUGUGCUGUUUCCCUUCAAGAUAAACGACCUCAAGUGGGUCAUCCAGGCCUUUACAACAGGAUUUUAUGGAAGAUCAUAUGCACCAAUAAAAUCCAAAAUAAAAGCCAACAAAAAUUUGGUGAUGGUGGUCAAUCCAGCCUUUAUGAGAUAUGUUCAUGAGAUUUGGCUGAAAAAAAAGGGAGAUUAUCCAUCCACCGGCUUUAUGGCUUUGAUCCUUGCACUUCACAUUUGUGAUGAGGUCAGCGUGUUUGGUUAUGGAGCAGACAACGACGGAAACUGGAGCCAUUACUUUGAAACACUAAAAAGGAAGAACUUUAAAACUGGACCACAUCCUGGAAAACAUGAGUAUGCACUCAUACAUGAGUUGGCCCAAAACAAAACAAUCAGGCUUUACAAAGGGUGGUGAUACUGUGAUUGAAACAAGUCACUGUUAAAAAUUGAGACCACAUACCUCAAUGAGAACUACCUGUACAAAUAGCUGCAAUAAAAAAAAAAAUCUAAAAACUUCUACCAGAAUCUAAACUCCUCAGAUGGUAAAUGGCUUGUACUUUUAAAGCACUUUAUCAAGACUAGAUAAAGCACUUCACGCUACAUUCAGUCACUCACGCACUGAUGGUGGUAAGCUACUAUGUUGUAGCUAUAGCUGCAACAUAGUAGCCUCACUGCCAGUGCAUGGCAGUCAGGCUGCCAUGCACUGGGUGGGUCUGACCACCACCAGCAAGUAAAGCAGGUGAAGUGUAUUCCCUAAGGACACAAUGACUGUGAAAGACGGAGCGGGAUUCAAACCGGCAACCCACCAGUUUCAGAAUAAACUACCACCACUGUUGCCCAGAUGCAUCAAUACUAACCUAGUCUAGUUAUCAGUUGUCUCAAUAGAGACUAAACACCUUACAUAAAUCUAAAGCACCUUAAUCUUUGAAGGAUUUGCCUUGAGUAAUGAAUAUGAAAUUCUUUAUUAAUUGUUGAGUUUGCAUGUUCAACAUGUGCAUUGGUUUUUUUUUUUCAAAGUAAUUCAAUCUCCUCUAAAAACGUAAAUACAUAGUCAAUAUGUUUGGUUAACUGGUCAAUUUAAUUUACGAGGAUGUGUGAUUGCCUCUCCUGUUAACUACCUGUCCAUACUCACUCCACAACUCUAAAUGGGAUAAACAAGUUCCAAAUAUCCAAAUAUCCAGGGUCAAUAGGUCAAAAUGAAAAUCACUGACUAAUCAGCCAGCUGAAGGUAUCACUUUACUGAAAUAGCACUCUAAUGUAGUCUUUUUACUCUGUAGAUGUCUUUAGUCAUCAUGGGAGACGUUAUUUUUUUUCUGAAAUAUAUUUAUUUUUUUAUGUGAAGUAGGUAUAUAGUUUAGGAGGCAUCUGAAAAUCAGAAUGCAAAUAAUGGAAAUAAAAGAAAGUCUGACUGACUUGUAAAUAAUUAAAAGGUACUAUAUGAUAA